AUGAGUACGCUGGAGGAUGAUGAAUUGAUCGAGCUCAUUACAAGUUGGAGUCAAAAGCGCAAGGCAUCCUCACCUAAAGCAGCGGACAUUAACACCAAUGACGCGGACCAGCCCUCUCACUCAUCGUCUCUUUCCUUCCAACUAGCGCAAGAGGACAACGAAGAAUCUGUUGAUGAUCUUGGUGGAGACGAUAAGGGCCCCAUCUUUGGUGAUUACGCUUCCUACUUCGCUACAAAGGCCCAGAAUCAACAGAUUGAAGACGAGAAGUUUCUCGAGUGGAACAAGAAGCGGCAACAAGUGCAAGGCCAGGAUACAAAGGUUUCCAGCAUCUUCACAGGGUGUGUUGUGCACGUGAAUGGAUACACAAGGCCAAGCAUAGCUACAAUCCACAAGCUGAUCAUCCUUAACGGUGGGAAGUUCAUCCAUCAUCUGAGCUCCAAAGGUGCUGCCACCCACAUCAUUGCGGAGAGGUUGACACCAAGGAAGCAGGCUGAGUUCAAAAACUACAAAGUUGUCCGACCUCAAUGGGUGCUGGAUUCAAUAGAAAGGGGGUCACUUCAGCGAUGGAGUGACUAUUCGCUUAUUGAGGUGGAUUAUGGACAGCAAAGGCUCCAGUUUAGGAAUGAAGACCAGACGAAUCCUCAUGCCAAACAAGAUGAUGAAGAUGAAAGUGAGAUUGGCCCUUCAAUUGAACCAAUGUCUGAGAUUGUUGAUACUACUGAUGGGACUACAACGAUUGACUCCAAACACCCCGACUUCCUCAAACAGUUCUUUGCCAAAUCUAGAUUGCACCAUUUGUCCACUUGGAAAGCUGACUUGAGACUGGAGUUCCUGAACAUGGUGAUUGAACAAUCGAAAUCACAAGGGCAUAUGCCUACUGGUGCCUCUCAUAGGAUCAUAGUACAUGUUGAUUUUGAUUGCUUCUUUGCAACUGUUUCUGCACUGAAGAGGCCUGAUAUCGACUUCCAAAACCAACCAGUCUGUGUUUCUCAUGGAGGCACCAAGCCUGGCUCCACAGCUGAUAUUGCCAGCUGUAACUACGUUUGCAGGAAGUACGGAGUGAAGAACGGUAUGUGGGUGAGGCAGGCAAAGAAGCUGUGUCCCGAUUUGAUCUGUCUAGACUACGACUUCUUGGGGUAUGAGACUGCAUCGAAGAAGCUGUAUGAGAUUUUACUUGGAUUAAAGCCUGACUGUAUACUACCAGUGAGUAUUGAUGAAGCUCUCUUGGAGAUCUCUUCUCUGAUUGAUGAUGAAAACACUGUUGAACAGGUGCAAGGCUUCUGUGAGUCCUUGAGACGAGAGAUCUAUGAACAAACUCGAUGUACAGUAAGCGUUGGUGUCUCUCACAAUGUCCUGUUGGCCAAGUUAUCACUUAGAAAGGCGAAGCCCAAUGGAUACUUCUACCUACACGAGAAUUUUGAGGAAUUCUUACACAAUAUUCCCGUGAGCAGUCUACCAGGAGUUGGUGGAGCUAUUGUCAACAAGCUUAUCAGUCAAGUCUUUCCACAUUCGAGCUCAGAGAUAACUAUUGGUGAGAUCCAAGGCCUCGAAAGAGCAAAUCUGGAGAAGGUAUUUGGCGUAAAGACAGGAACCAAACUGUUUGAGUACGCACACGGGAUCGACCAUACAUCCAUUGAUAUUAACAGUAACCCAGAGGCAUUCACGAGGAAGAGCAUCUCAAUCGACAUUAACUGGGGGAUUAGAUUCGACUCAAUCGCACAGAUUGACGAGUUUCUCUUCCGAGUUUCCGAAGAGAUUUGCAACAAGUUACAACUCAUGAAGAUGUGUACUUCCCAGGUGACAUUGAAGAUAUUAAAGAGAUCCAAAGGUGCUCCAAUUGAGCCACCCAAGUUUCUUGGUUGUGGACAAUGUGACAGUUUCAGCAAGAGCUCAAGAUUGGGGAUUCCCAGCGAUGAUUAUAGGACGAUUGGCAUGGAGGCACGUAUCCUGUUUCGUAACAUUGGUUGUGAUCCACUGGAGUUACGUGGUGUAUCGAUACAAGUGACAAAACUGAUUGAAAAGGGUAAGGAGGUGCAAAUGAGACUGCCAUUUGCCCGUUUAGAUGCUCCAAAGACAGCACGACUUGAAGGCAAGGAACAGCACAGUGAUACACCUAUGGAAGAUAAAGACAUUGAUGCUCAAGUGUUUGAGCAAUUACCACCCAGUAUUCAAGAAGAGUUGAGAAGCGAAUUGAGAAGGAGAAACAUCACUAUUGGCGAACGGACUCCUAAGAGGAAGAGAGUAUAUUAUCAGCAGGUUUUCACUAGAACUGGAGCUUCAGAAGUUAUCAGGAUUAUUUCACCACGGAAGUCGCCUUCUAAAUCGCCUCUGAAGAAGUCUCCCACUAAGAAGUCACCUGUCAAAGACGUCAAGAGGCGUGAAACAAAAGUUGCCAAAGUUGAUGAGGACGUGUUGAAUGAAUUACCACCAUCUUUGAGAAAGGAGAUCUUGGAAGAAUGGGACGAGUACGAAAGGACAAACAUGACUGAGUUCGAUAGGCUCAGAGAACGUGGUAAACUGCCAGAGACCAAGUUUCACAACAGUGCUAACAGCAUCGAAUCACUGGUGAUGGACGAUUUCGAGUGUAAGAUAAAUCUGAUCAUGUUUCAGAAGACGUCUCAACCUUCCAAGAUCAUCAAGCUCGUUGAUCGUUGGAUGAAGAAGACCGUCGAGAAAGGACCUCAUCACCGUGACCUCGAGCUGUUCCAAACAUACUUAUCGAAACUCAAACAUCAUAGCCAUCCAUUGUAUGCCGUGAUCAUUGAGCGUAUGCGUUUGAUUUCACGUAUUGAACCACUAUGCCAACGAUGGCUCAACAUCUUGACGACGCUGAUACAAGAAAGGCCUACAUAUAGGGACUAG